CCCAAUGGACCGCGAUUCGGCGACGGCGGCGGCGGCGCGCGGCGACGACCGGCGCGGUGCUCGGCAGUGCGGACCGGUCUGCCGGGCGGAGCGGAGCGAGGUGAGGUGCUCUGUGGCGAGCAGUGGCGGACGAGCGAGACUGGCGCUGAACGAGUGUAGGAGGUGUUGGUCGUGUGACGGUGCCGCAAGAGUACUACGACGGUAGAAUAGAAGAAGAGGAGGUGUCGGAAUAGGGGUAGCACUCAAGUGACAGGCACUUGUCAAAGGAGUGUCCGGACAACUGUCAGGAGAUUAUUCCGACAACUGUCAGGACUGUGUGGACAACUGUCAGAAGCUUAUUCAGACAGUUGUCAGUAGUGUGUGAACAGCUGUCAGAAAGGUGCCCGGACAUUAUCUGAAGAAUAUCUAGACGGCUGUUUGAGGAGUGUUCUGCCGUGAGGGCGGGGGUCAUACGUGCCGCGGCUGCGGGCGCCGCUGCAGCCCAGUGAGUGGUUUGAGCUGGUGGCGCGCGACGCUCCCCGUGUCCGGGUGAGGUGUACCGAGUGGCCGAUGGCCAUGUGACGGACCAGGCGGUGCCAUGGCCGCCAGGACGCGCCUGUCUCUGGCGCUGCUCGUGACAGUCUCCACGGUACUCUCAGCAGUAUCGGCCAACGUCUUCGGCGGAGUUCCCGUGUUCGACGAGCAUGUGAUCAGCCAAGACGGCGGCAAACGGCCCAAAGAACCGGUAGAAUAUGACGACUAUGACGCGUACGAUGACCUGCCCACCAAUAGCAGCUCGGAGGAGGGCGAGAGGACCAUCCGGCUGCUCAAGCCGCUGCAGAACCUCACGCUCAUCGCCGGCGACACGCUCAAGCUGCGGUGCGAGUUCACUGGUGACCCGCCGCCCAACAAGUUUACCUGGUUCCGCAACGAGGCGCCGCUGGAGCGGGGCGAGGCGCAGAUGCGGAAGGCCUACAAGACGCGCCACGGCUGGCGGAUGAGGCUGAGGAUCGGCGCCGUGGACACCCACGACACGGGCUACUACCGGUGUCAGGCGUCCAACGGGGUCCACCGCGCCCAGAGCACGGCUAUAGUGCUGGUCAACCGGGGAGAGGACGGUCGACAGCCCUCCAGGCACCGUGACCCAUUGGAGGGAAUGGAUGUGCCGGCCUUCCCGCCGUCGAAACCCAUCUUUGACUUUCCGUCACUUACACCGCAGAUUGACUCCGUGCCUUCAGAGGACGGUCUUGGCGGUCUGGAGGGUCUUCUGACGGGCGCAGACGGCGGUAGUGACCAACUGGUGCCCGUUUUGGACCCGUCACACUGGCCGAAGUCACCCGACAACCCCCGGCAGCUGAGCGGCACUUGUCAGCCGUACCGGGGCGCCGCGUGCGCGCGACACCUCCGUAACCGGACUGUGUUCGUGGCCGACGCCGACACCCAGGCGCGCAUGGAGCAGCGCCUGGUGGACGCGCUCGGGCUCAUCGAGAUGUUCCCCGACCUCUCAGAGUCGUGUGGCGACCACGCCGUUCAGACUGUAUGUCUGGCGGCGUUCCCUCCGUGUGACGCUAGCCGACAGCCAGCGAGAGCGCAGCAGAUCUGCCGGGACGAAUGUGAGCUUAUCAAGGAGUAUCACUGCAGCAAGGAGUACACUGAGGCCCUCAAACACCCUCGGAUCGGUCUGAAGAUCCACCUGCCCAUCUGUGACGACCUACCAGCCGUGGGAUCGGCGGAGGCGUCCGACUGCGUGCGCCUCGGCCUGGCGCGCGUGGUGCCCGUCCAGCCGGAGCUCACGUGCUACACAGAGGACGGCACGGGGUACGCGGGCACCGCCCAGCGCGCCGCCUCGGGCCGUCUGUGUCGGCCAUGGAGCGAGCAGAUGCAGUAUAGGACGCUGGCCGAGCGGCAGCCGGCGCUGCUUGGCGGCCACUCGUUCUGUCGCAACUGGGACAACCUGGAGACAGAGCCGUGGUGCUUCACUGCCGGCGAGCAGGGAGGCAGGGAGCGGUGCGCCGUGCCGGCCUGCUCCGACCCGCUCAUCUGGUACAUCGUCGUACCCAGUGUGGCGUUUCUGGCGCUCUGUAUCGUGGUUGUGCUGGGCUGCUGCUUCUGCCGGAGGGUACGCAGCCGAGCCACAUCGCCCGGCUACGGGCUGAAGCAGACGGCAGCGACGGCGCCCGUGGAGAUGAGCGCACUGCUGCCCCGCCAGAGAGCCAGGGAGAUCCCCAUCCACAAGGUCCGCUUCCUCGAGGAGCUCGGAGAGGGAGCGUUCGGGAAAGUAUUUCGGGGUGAGAUAGUCGGCUACCACGGCGACGGCGGCGUCAUGCCCGUCGCCAUCAAAACUCUGAAGGAGGGCGCCGGCCAGAAGACGCAGCACGACUUCGCGCGCGAGGCAGAGCUGAUGACGGACCUGCAGCACCCGAACCUGGUCUGUCUGGUGGGCGUGGUGCUGCGCAACACGCCGCGCUGCAUGCUAUUUGAGCACAGCAGCCAGGGCGACCUGCACGAGUUCCUGACGCUGCACUCGCCGCGUUCGGACGUCUCCGGCUGCAGCAGCGACGGCGUGAUGAUCUCCGUGGAGCAGCUGAUGGUGAUAGCCAUCCAGGUGGCCGCAGGGAUGGAGUUUUUAGCUAGUCAUCAUUAUGUACAUAGAGAUUUGGCGGCGCGCAACUGUCUGGUCGGUGACAAUCUGACGGUGAAAAUAUCCGACCUGGGCCUGGCGCGCGACAUCUACGCAUCCGAUUACUACCGUGUGCAGAGCAAGGCGCUGCUUCCCGUGCGCUGGAUGCCGGUGGAGAGCAUCAUGUACGGCAAGUUCACCACCGAGUCCGACGUCUGGAGCUUCGGCGUGCUGCUCUGGGAGAUAUUCAGCUACGGCCUGCAGCCCUUCUACGGCUACACAAACGCUGAGGUGAUGGAGAUGGUCCGCUGCCACCGGCUGCUCCCCUGUCCCGAGGACUGCCCCUCCAUCAUAUACGCGCUCAUGGUCGAGUGCUGGAACGAGACGGCCCACCGACGGCCGACGUUCAGCGAGCUGCACGUGCGGCUGCGCACCUGGCGCGCCAUGCCCGAGGUGACGGCCCCGCACCGCAGCUCUGCGGGCGGCUCGCAGCACUCGCAACACAGCAGCACCGGGCCCAGCAACAACACGGCCAGCACGUCACUGAGCCGGCAGCAGCAGCAGGUGGCGCCGGCGCACCGCCAGCCGCCGGCGCCGGCGCUCUUCACUCGGCCCAGUACCCCGGGCUCGGCCGUCACCGUCAAACACAACGACAACUGGCCCAUCAUCCCCGACUCGAAGAUAUCCAACGUGUGACGUGCAGCGCUGCAGUGUUUGUUCGGCAGAGCUGCGGGAUAACGCCGAGACGGCAGUCAGCCGGGCAUGGGCAGCCUGAGACUGAGACUGUCUCUCGGAAAAAGGCAUAUUGGUCUGUGGCGCCACAUCAGGACAGGCUGUUCGCAGUGUUAGAUCAUGACAGACUGUUUCAGAGUGUCAGAUCAGGACGGAUUAUUGCAUUGUCAGACCAGAGCAGUCUGUUCGGUGGCCACAGACAAGGACAGACUAGUCUGAUCGGCGGCCCGCACAUGCCACUAACCGCCUCACCGAGCGGUAGAGACUGGACGUCGCAGGCUGCAGAUUCACUGAUACGUGCACCGUGCAGCCAACCAAAGUUUGUUACUUUUAUACGUGACCGGCCCCCUGAUGACGUCACUGAUAUCGGGUACCGAGUAGCGGCCGCGGGCGCUCUGCCGCUGCGGCCGGCAGCCACCACGCCCCCCAGAGAUCUGAGUUUUGUUAAUUUAUCGGCGUGGCGAGCGAAGCGGAGGCACUCCGUUUGACUGAUGCAAUACACUGUAUGUAUGUGUA